AUGGCUUCUAAUUUAUCAUUGGAAUUUCUGGCAAAUGCUCUAAUGAAUAGCCUCGAUCGUGGAAAAAUCUUUCCUCCUCGAUUGAAUAAUCCUGAAGAGUUGUUAUCAGCUCAUUGUAAUCGAAUUAGCCCACCUACACGGCCUCCUAAUGGCUUUCUUUUGUGCAGGAAAAACGUCCAUUUCGAAGCAAAACAACAAGGACAUUGCAAUAUGCGUGUGAUUUCCAAAGUGACCGGGAUACUCUGGAGAACAGCAUCUGCUGAAGAGAAAGAGGCUUAUGAACAAUUAGCUCAGGCAGUUAACAUGGUUUAUGCGCAACGGUAUCAUCUCUAUAAUAAUAAUUAUUACAUGCGUAACAUGCAAAACUCUUAUGUGCCAAUGGGUUUCUUUCCUCUUCAACAUGUUGAUUGUCCAACUAAUGUUCCCAUUUAUCCGGAUUUGGAUUCAUCCAUGUUUGUUAAUCUGCAACCAGAAUAUUUUCCGUAUGAAUUAGAGAUGAAUGGAAGCCAAGGAUUAAUUUAUUAUACUCAACCGAGAAUUUAA